AUGGGGUUCCUCAGCUGGGGCCGCUUCAGCUGCAACAUUGACUGUGCCACCUACCCGGACAGCUGCAUUAAUGAAAAAUUGUACAUGGAUAUGAUCGAUCGCAUUGUGGAGGAUGGAUACCUUGAAUUGGGCUACAACACCGUCAACAUUGACGACUGUUGGGCUAUGAAAACACGAGAUCCUGUCACCAAGAGACUGGUUGCUGAUAGGGAUCGUUUCCCCAGUGGCAUCAAGCAUCUCGUAAACUACGCUCGACAGAGAGGUGUUCAGCUUGGCAUUUACGGUGACGUAGGAACUGCUACUUGCGGCGGAUACCCCGGCACGAGAAGCUACAAUGGCUCAGUAGACUACACCCAAGUGGAUGCCAGGACAUUCUCCGACUGGGGAGUGGGCUCACUGAAACUGGACGGUUGCUACGAGCCAAUAGCCGACUAUCCAAAAGUAUAUCCUGAAUACACAAAAGCCCUAAGCCAGCAAACUCACAAGAUAGCAUUCGCCUGCAGUUGGCCGGCUUACAUUGAUGUGUCGAAUCUCACAGACGCAGAUUAUCAGCAUAUCAGAGACAACUGCAACUAUUGGCGAAACUACGGCGACAUUGACGACUCUUGGGCAACGGUCUUCUCCAUCAUCGAUUUUUACCGACAACACGUGACCACGUUUGCCAAGUUUCACGGGCCUGGUGGCUGGUUUGAUCCAGACAUGCUGAUGAUAGGAAACCAAGGCCUAAGCUUCGAGCAAAGUAAAACACAAAUGGCUUUCUGGUCACUUUGGUCAGCACCGCUGCUCAUGUCCAAUGAUCUGCGCCGCAUUCGGCCAGAGUUUAAGCGCAUUCUGCAGAAUAAGCACCUGAUUGCCGUAAAUCAAGAUUCUCUUGGCAUUAUGGGCCAUGUUGUUGUCGCUGAUGCACAGGCAGAAAAACAAGUUUGGGUUAAGCAACUGUCCCCUGAUGCUAAUGGCCAAACGCCGUACAUUGUCCUCUACUUUAACUACAACACCUUGGGGGUGCCUUACUAUAUGUCUUACCAGUUGUCAAAGCUGAUUCCGGAACUAAAAACUGGCCUCAAAUACAAUGUGCAUGAUCUGUUUGAAGAUAAUGCAAAGAUUGAAA